GUUAAUAUGCAUUGCGUGCAUGUACUUCUAUCUUGUGCUCGUGCCAUUCGGUCAUUAGCAAACUUGUGUAGGCCAACACAAGCAUGCAUACUAACAGUAGUCAGAAGGUAUUUUACAUGGUUUUGCACAAGUGCCAGGUGAUAGACAUUUCAACUUCAGUUCAAGCACCCUAAAAAGACAGGUAAACAAUAUUUUCCUCUGGAUAUUUGGUCUCAAAAUUCACCCAACUAUAAGACCAACACACUAGACUAAUUAUUAGAACCAGAUGCGCUAGAUUACCGUUGGGGCGAACGUGUAACGUUAGCUCUCCAUGGCCAAUGUUGGAGCCCUGGUUAAGAAACGCUAUUCUUAGCAAAUAAUUAUCAAAAACUGCACCCCAGUUGCAUUGGUAAGUAAUUGCCCUUCUUGGAUCAAACGUACGAAAUUAUUGUACAAUAAAGGGACAGCUUUUUUUUUUUUAUUUUUUUUUUAAGACAUCCCUGUCUGACCAAGCUGUUUGUUUUUAAGUUUGUCAACCGGAAACGGAAAGUACCACGAAAGUUCCUAAGGUCAUUUCUAACUCGCAAUGUGAGUUGGGACGGUGGCGGACUUCACUAAUGUCUGCUUCUGCCUGCUCUUAGAAAGGUGCGUGCAGGGUGCGUGUCCCUAGUGUCCGCUUCGGUUGCCCGGGUAAGAAUUCGCCUUUGACGCAUGUAAAAAUGUGUGGGAAGAAACAGUAGUGACAAAGGUGGUAAAAGUAGGUUCAUGAUCUGGCAUAGUUUUCGUCUGUAGUAUAUUGUCGUGCGAGUUUGGUUCAUACACGUUGAUUCAACCCGGCUAGCUAGCUAAGUAGGAUAGCUUACUUGCUAACCCUGCCUAUUUAGUUAGCUUUAGGUGUUGGCAAAAAAAUUCUAGCACGAGAUAAGCAGACUGAUUGUAGACAGUAAAACCAGUAUUUUGAGAGACUAGGGGUGGCAAGCAGACCGGGGGGUUGGGAGGAAAACGACGGGGGAGACGUGAGCCAGGAGCGGCCGAUGAGUUCGGACCAGGGCGGAGAGCCGCGGCUGCUGCAGGAGGAGGGUGAUCCGGGACCGAAGACCUGUGUGGUGGACGACACACCACUUGGGAUCGGGGGAGGGUCAGGCGGCAUGGUCACCUCCAAGGGCGCCGGUCUGAACCCCAAUGCCAAGGUGUGGCAGGUGUCUGUGGCCCCCGCUGAGGUCCCUCCUGACGGAGCACAGUGGCCCCCGGCUGAUGUCACUGAGGGUUAUUCCGAGUCUGUGUCCUCCCCCGGUUGUAAACCGUACACUGUUGGUUUCACUAUCCUGGAGGAUAGCAGCUCCUCGGUAGCAUCCACAGCUGAGAUCACUGUGAACGGCAUGGAUCCCCCAGACCUGGGCUUCACCCCCACUGAGACCACUACCGGCACAUCAGGGGAGACAAAGCUGACAGAGGAAAGACCCCUCUCAUCAGAGAACCUGAGAGACUCCCUCAAGAAAGAGCUGGAGUUCUGCUUCUCAAGGGAGAACCUGUCCAAGGACCUGUACCUGAUGUCCCAGAUGGACAGUGACCAGUUUGUCCCCAUAUGGACCAUUGCCAGCAUGGAGAGCAUCAAGGCCCUCACUACUGACAUGGAGCUCAUUCUAGACAUACUCCGAUCCUCUCCAAUGGUACAAGUGGAUGAGAAAGGAGAGAAAGUGCGUCCUAAUCACAAACGCUGCAUCAUCAUCCUGAGGGAGGUUCCUGAGACAACACCUGUAGAGGAAGUGGAGUCUCUCUUUAAAAAUGACAACUGUCCAAAAGUGAUUAGUGUGGAGUUUGCGCACAACAACAACUGGUACAUCACAUUCCAAUCUGACACUGAUGCUCAACAGGCACACAGAUAUCUAAGAGAAGAGGUGAAAACAUUUCAGGGAAAACCUAUCAUGGCGAGGAUAAAAGCCAUCAACACGUUCUUUGCUAAGAAUGGCUACCGUAGCAUGGACAGCAGCAUGUACGCUGCCCAGACCCAGUCCCAGUACAACCCUAACCUGUACAUGCAGCACGUGUACAGCCCUCAGCAGCAGUACCCUCUCUACGGCAUCGUACCACAGACCUGGACACCCUCUCCUACACCCUACUUUGAGACUCCUCUGGCACCAUUUCCCAACAGUGGCUUUGUGAAUGGAUUCAGUUCUACUGGACACUACAAAACUGGCAACAACUCCCUUAAUAUGACUCGGCCCUAUAACCGAAACCGUGUACCCCUCUAUUCAAGAAAGAAUGUAAUAAAUGCCUUCAGGGCACACGUGAAGCCCCAGGUGGGGAGACCAGGCGAAGUGGCUCCUGUUCUCCUGGAGAGCUUGACUGGCAUGAGGAGUCCCCAGCCCCCCACCACUGGCCCUGGACCUCUGCAGACCCAGACACCUCCAGACCUGACCUCAGCCUUCCCCCUCAUCUCCACCUCCUCGGACCUCAACGAUGACGGCAGCAUGGCUGGACGCGGAAGAAGGACUACAUACAGAGGCACAAGAAGGAGGAGAGAGGAUGAGCGGAUUACGAGGCCCAUACCCCUGGCUGAGGUAAAGGAGCCGGUCCCUAAGUUUGACCUGGCCGCUACUAACUUCCCCCCGCUGCCGGGCUGUGUAGCCAGUACACAGGGAGAGCCCCUACUGGAGAACAGGAUGUCAGACGUGGUGCGAGGACUGAACAGAGACAAGACGCCGGAACAAGCAAACAAGGAAUCCAGCAAGGAAGUGGGUGCCGGACCAGUCCCAGCCCCGACCCCAGCCCCAGGACAUGAGGAGGCAGUGUGUGUCUCUAAUCUUGCUCAGCUUGCAGCCAAACCUGCUGUACUCCCCCACGGAACCCCCAUCCAUGUACCUGCCCCCAGUGUACCCCAUCAGGAGAAGAAGUGGGAGAAGGUGGAGAGGGUAGCAGAGGCCCCAGCCCCCAAAGUAACCCCACCCACACCUGCUCCCUGUGCAGCCAACCCACCCGGAGUCCCCUCCACACAGCCAGCUAUGCCUGGCCCCAAGCCUCAACCCAACACAGUGUCCUCCACUCCGGCUACACCCAGCACCCCAGCCACCACCGCUACCCCUGCAUCAGUGGAGCCCCGUAAGCUUAGCUAUGCCGAGGUGUGCCAGCGAGCCCCCCCUCCGGCCCCCCCAGCCUCAGCCUCCCCUUCCACGCUAGCCCAGCCUCUGCGUGAGCUGCGCGUCAAUAAGGUAGAGGAGCCAAGCUCCAGCUCUACCACCAGCUCGGGCGACCGCCCAAGGGGAGACCGGCUGGACAAAGCCCAGGAUAGGGAUGGUGGCUGGGAGUGCAAGGAGGCCCGUCCCCGUGAUCAUCGAGACCGGGACUCCAGGGAUGGAGGCUACUACCGCAGCAAUGGGCCCUCCAGACAGGGAGGCUACGGGGGCCUCAAGUUCCGUGAACAGAGACGGGGCCCCCAACCAGCCUGCCGCAGCUCCCCCCAAGGAGGCCCCCGACACACCGGCAAAGAGCAGAACAUCCCCCCGGUAUCGCCAAAGUAAAACUUCCGGUAUGAAUAACGAAAACAAACAAAAAAGUAUGAAAUAUAUACGUGGAUAUAAAUAUAUAAAAAAUGAAAUGCAUAUAAAAGCAACAAUCUUAAUGGUAGCCGCCUCCUGUCUGCCUCCUGGAGCAUUGUCCCAAAGAAAGGAAAAAAAGCUUUGUGAAAUGACAAUGAAAUGAAAAUGGAAGCCUGGGGACAUCCAGGAGAAAGUAGGGUAAAAAAGAAACUGCGUAAGAAGUGUGAACUUUCACAGUGAUUUUUAAAAAGGAAAAAGAUCUCAAUUAGGCCUCGUAAACAAAUGUAUUCACAGAAUUUAAAAUCAGUGAUUUUAAAAUCAAUGUGCUUUCUUUGGAGGCCGUUUCAUUUUCUUCUCUAACUGAGGAGAGGUGGGACAUUUGGGCUCUGUAUUAAGGCCCUCUACCAUUUUUGAUUUUAAAGAAUAGAUGUUGGUCAACAAGAAACAUAUGCACUAAAGAAAAGAACAUACAUGCAUACAUGUCGUGUACACAUACAAAGAUAUCACUAACAACGCAGUGACGACGAGACAUGUUAUUAUUAUUUUUUUCUUCUGGGCGUAGGUUUGGCAAGGAUGAAUGACUGUAGAUAAGCUGGGUUGAUUAAUUAAGAUGUCUGUUAAUGCAUUGACUGCUGCUAAGCAAACAGAUUGGGACAGAGUGCUUCAGUUCAGUGUGCUGUUGCACUGAUUCUCAUGGAAUGAACAAGCAACUCAUUGUGAUUCUAACAUUCUAGAAUCGGAAUCGAUGACCUGAAAUUAGGCCGUUAGAGAUGAUCCUCUGUUAUUUCAUUGAAAAUAAAAUAUAUAAUUUGAGGCUUGGUAAUUAUUGUCUCAACUAUGUUAUCUGUAUAAAGGUCAACAAAAUUAUCGGUAACAAUCAAGCUACAGUUUUAUGUCGGUGGUUUUUGCCCAGAGCUGGAAGGCUCUUGUUUGCGGAAGGAAGGGUGAAUUAUUAUUAUAUAUUUUUUAAAGCUGAAAUCCACUCUGGGUAGGAGCAGCGCAAUGCGCGGUCCGACUCGCAGAUCGCAGUCUCCUGGUCCAAUGCUGUUUAUUUGAAGUUGUUUAAUCUGUUUUUAUCUUUAUUUCCUGAUUUGUCUGGAUUUCCCGUCUUCUAACGGAUUCAGAUCAUACAUACUGAUAAUCAGUCAGGCUCUCUGUUUACAACUUACUAUUCACAAUGGGAUUGUAGUUUAGUUAGGCUAUUUUUAUGGAAACCUAGGGAAUAGAUAUGUUGUAGCCUGGGUGCCAGUCUGUUUUGGCUCUCUUGCCCUAACUCCUUAUGUAAUUGUCAUGUUUGGCUUAACAAUGACAGCAAUGGUGUUGGCAAGGGCACGAACAGAUCUGAGACCAGGCUAAGGUCGAUGCAGUCAAACCUGACUGCCUGUGCUUAGGUUGAAGAGUUGACCGGAAUGGUCUUGGCAAAAUCUUGUUUUCUCCACAUCAAUGCAGGAUAUUCAGGUUUAGCAACACAUUCUGUGUAUUGUAAAUAUAAAUAAAUGAUGGUAUAGCAAUAUCAUUCAGAAGUAGGCUGAAUGCUGUUAGCUGAGAGUGAUUUAGCUAGCUUAUAUAAUAGAUUUGGCAGCGAAGUAAAGGGGUUAAACGAUAUCAGACCAUUUCUAUGUGCUAUGUGCCAGCUGCCUACGAUCCUAGUUGACUUGGUAGAGUAAAAGCUUUGGAAGCGUCCCAAGUGGCAUCCUAUUACCUAUAAAGUGUACUAAUUUUGACCAGGGCCCUGGUCAAAUGUUGUGCAUUAUAUAGGUAAUAGGGUGCCAUUUGGUACGCACAGAGUUGAAUAGUUGGCUAGGUAAUGUAGUCCUUUGGGGAAACUUUGUCCCAGUUAAACUGAACAUUAGACCUGUAGAGGUGUAGUUGCCUAUGCUAUAUCACAUUAUUAACCCUUCACUUGAGUUGUGUGUGGGAGAAUGUAUUUGUUCUAGUGCUGAACUUCCAGAGAAGGGGAGGCUGGCAUUUGUCAGACUGGUAUCUGUCCACCACUGCAGAUGUUGUGCUUUUUAGGGUGAGUUUGCUGUUUUCCAAUUUGAUUAAAACGAAGACCGAAAUUUUACUUGGGUAUUUGCAGUUUGGACUUACUGGACGUUAUUUGCUUUUUACAUUUUAUUUAUUUUAAUUGUACUGUGCAACGCUUUUUCCAAUCUUGGUAGGCUGGUUUCCCCAAAGUUGUGUGUGAACUCGCAUUGGCAAAGAAUCACGCAUUUGACAUAUUGUUUGAAAUUUCAACUGAGAGAAAUACUUGAUGCAUUGACUUGGGGUUUAGUAAUGUAGUUCUAAAUGAUUUAAACAAUCACGAGGCUUUUUUUUUUUUUUCAAUUUCAUAAGUUUUGAGCAGCUAGUGAUCUAGUGUAAUGAAAUAAAUGCACUUGUUUAAAAAAAAAAAUACAAAUAAAUCUUACUGUUUAAGUAAUGUGAAAUCAUUUUAGAAGCAUAUGGUAAUGACAUUGAGGGAGACAGGCUUGUGGAAAUCUGCAGGAAUAGCUUUUUUCUCAUGCUUGGCAUUUUUAUUUUUUUGGUUUGAGGUGGCAACGAAAUAUGGCAAUGGAUCAAUUAAGUGUUUGAGACACAAUUCUCAAACUGUAUGAAAUGUCACAAAAAAUAAAUUAUUUUGAUUUGG